AAACGGAAUAUUAGUCACAGCUCUCGAAAGCAUAGUAUUGUAUCAAAACAAAAAAGUACUUUAAAAUACCAAAUUAAAUACCAAAGCGAUACAGUGUAUGCGAAAGUGCCAAGAAGAAGAGAUUGUAUUAAAUUUACAACAACGUAUGAAAUGAUAUUGCGCUAAAAGAUUCAAAAUGUCCCAGGAAUUAGUAACAGAAACAACUAAAACGGCCAACAGCUCGACACUAACGACUGCACAACGCGCUCGCAUCGAGCGCAAUCAAGCCAAGGCACAAAAGUUGAGGGAGGCCAAGCUCGUUUCGCAUCCCUACAAGAAUGUACAAAACAAUGGCAGUGAGGAGCCUCCAAUAGCUGGCCAGGAUAAUGCUGUCAUUAAGGUGCAGGGUACCAAAUACAUUGAUACUGGCGGCGGAUUCCUAUUGGAGCAGCCAGUUUUAGCUGCGGCAAACAAAUCGGCAGAGGAGGAGCCGCUGGAGGCGCCCAUCAUCGAGGAUGCCAUUGCUAUACCUGUAGUCUAUGAAGAGUGUCUCGAUUGCGGCGAUCAAUAUGCCGACUCGUAUUUAUUCAAUAAUUUCGGCCAUUCCGUUUGCGACAAGUGCCGGGACAACGAGGAGCGGCACUCAUUGAUUACACGCACUGAAGCGAAGGCAGAAUAUUUGCUCAAGGAUUGCGAUUUCGAUAAGCGGGAGCCGGUGUUGCGUUACAUAAGCCGCAAGAAUCCUCAUAAUGUGCGCUGGGGUGAAAUGAAAUUGUAUUUGCACCUGCAGGUGGUGCAGCGCGCAUUGGAUGUGUGGGGCAGCGAGGAGGAGCUAACGCGGCAGCACGAGCUGCGGGAGGACAAACGCGUCCUGGGCAAAACUCGCAAAUACAAUAAGCAAAUGAAGCAGCUGCGCAUGGAGGUUAGAAGCAGCAUUUAUACUAAGAAAACCAAAGGUGUGCAUGUCCAUGAGUUUGGUCCAGAUACAUACAAUGAGGCUGAGGAUAAUUAUACACAUUCCUGUUUAACUUGCCCGUAUACUGAAACGUUUGAGAAAAUGUGAAAGUGCUUGUUGAAAUAUCCAUCAUU